AUGUCAUCUGGGAUUAUUCAUUUCGUCAACGAGACGGGGCAGGGGGAUGACGGUGGACCGAGCAAGAGACGGCUGUCGCGGAUCAAUUCUCAUGUUGCGCGCUUCUCACAUCAACGGCGGAAGAACAACAGCAGCAGUAACAACAAUUCCACAACUGUGAGCAAAACUCCGCCGUUGCUGCAAGUCGACUUUGUCGUAGAAGAUCCCCAUCCGCCAGCUUCUCGCUCGUCCAGCGAUAGUCCCGAGCAGAUCCAUCCGUUUUCAUCGCGAGACAACAAUCAAGCCAUACACUCGACCGGUGUUCCCCGUCCGGAACAGUCAGAGCGACGUCGCAGUGCCGGGUCAACCGCGACCGGAGAGCCUAGAAGUAACAAAUUGACAAGACAUCAGUCGGCUCCUGUCCCUGUCAGUCAUGUUAAGCAAGAGGAACAUGAUCUCCUUUCUAGAGAAAUCACCAAACGGCACUCAGACGGAUUGCAUCUUCCCUUCUGCUCAUCCCCCGAAAUAGAGUCUAUGGGGGCAUUCUUCCAGCUCGCUGAUUCUGUGGACCUUUACGAGAAAUACCUUCUCAAUUACUGUGCUGAAGAUUUUACCGACCUGCAAACUCAGAUGUUUGGUUUCCACAAAGACGCCCUGUACUGUCCACAAAGAGUACCUGCAGCUCGAUCAAUACAGCAAUCUCGCGCGGCACUGCAUUGGAUUCUUAUAAUCGCUGAAGAGCAAAUGGCCAAACGCAUCAACGAGCCACCAAACUCGCAUAUUCUCAAACAUUCGAUCUUGAAACGUCGAGCGAGCGGUUAUAAGAUGCUCAGAUCGCUCUUAAACAAUGCGGACUUUGACUUGGAGACAGCUGUCUUGGCUUUGCGGUAUGCGAUCUCAGCUGAAUGUUACAUGAACCACAAAGACGCUGCCAUGGAGCACUUGAAAGCACUGGACGCUUUAUUGUCACGUCCGGGGGCCCUGGAACGCUUCGUCGCCAAUCCCGACAAGACCGCACUGUCGCUCGCAACUCUGAAGAGGAUGUACGUGUCUGUGCCUUGUAGGAUAAAGUCCUUCAGCGACUUUGAAACCAUCAAAACCAUGGUCUUCAUCAAGUGGAAGCGCUUACAGGCGUUGUCGAAGCAAAACCACGCCGACUUGGUCCGUCACGCUUGUGCCGCCUAUCUAACAAGCACGAAUAGGAAUUGUCAGGCUCAAACGAUGCCACCAAAGCAGACAAAAGAGACGCCUCCGGAACAGAUUCUUCUUGAUCGGUACAUCUCGAUCAAGAAGUCCGCGCUCUUCUCGACCUAUUCCUGUGAAACCAUGAAUGCGGCUUGUGAUCCAAAUUGGAUGUACACUUAUCAGGCGGGGCUCUUUGCGCUGUUUUAUGAUAUGAACAUGACAUUGGCAAGUUUUGGGAGGGACAAUCUUCGCGACAAGAUUUUGUUCCUAGAAAAGCUCAAGGUUGUCUUGGAUGGCAGCUCUGCAAAAACUCUUGGAGGCACCUCGACGCUGUCCAUCGUGGACUGGGUCCGCGAGCAGUGUUACCGUGAGUGCUUCAAAAAGGACGAAGCAAUCGUCAAGGAAAUUGAUCUAUGCACCUACGAGAUCAAUGGUUUCAAGGUCUUUGCGUUACUGGAUGUCAGCCAGCGAAUUCGUCUAACGGGCGCGUUACGCGCUUGGCUGCUCAUCGAUAUCAGCGUCGACAUUGACAUGGAUAAGGACGACUUGACUGAAGAGGAAUUUGUCUCGAUGGAGGAACAAGUCGCCAGAGCUUGGUGGGAUGAACAGCUGACGCCAAACUCAUCUCCAUCACCUUGA